AUGACACAUCUGGAAGUUCAGCACAAAGCCGGCAUAUUCAAGCGGCAGAUUAUCCAAAGGAGACAAAACUUGUCCCCUGAUGCACAGAGGUCAAGCAAUGAAAAAAUGAAAAUCAGAACUACCAGUCAACAAACAGGAUCUUUGGGCUUAUCAGAAGAAGGUAUUAAAGAAGAGUCUGGAAGCAGUUCCUUUGAUGAAGAAGAUUUAAGAGCAUCUGAGUCAAAAAAAGAGUUCUCGUCAAAAAAAGAAGAGUCCCCCUUUUCCUCCUCUUCAUCUUCCUCAUUCUCCUCAUCUGCUUCCUUCCAACAUUCACCUUCCCUCUUUUCCCCUUCUUCUGAAUCCAGAAAUUAUGAGACUAUUGGUGAAUUGGACUGGGAGACCCAUGUGCACCAGAAUCUGCCCGGGCUGAUGGACAUGGAUCAGGAUGAAUGCAUUGUUUGGCCUAGAGAUUCACUCUUCCGGUAUUUUGAGUUGCUAGAAAAGCUUCAGUAUAACCUAGAGGAGCGUAAGCGGUUGCAAGAGUUUGCAGUGCAAGCACUAAUGAACUUUGAAGACAAGUAA